AUGAUCCCAGGCUACCGGCCGGAUCCCAGUUGCAUAGCAGUUGAUGGCUUCUACUACUGCAUUUCGUCCACGUUCAACAACUUUCCCGGCCUUCCAAUAUACGCCAGCAGGGACCUCCAGAACUGGCGGCAUGUCAGCAAUGUCAUCUACAAAGAGGAGCAAGUCCCCGAAUACGACCGGACCAACACCAUGCAGCGAGGAGUCUUCGCUCCGACUCUUAGACACCACAACGGCACUUUCUACGUCAUCGUCACUUUCAUGAUGCGAGAUGGCGUCGACGAGCCUCUGCAAUUGAUCUUCAACAGCACAUCUCCGUUGGAACCAGGAUCGUGGGGCAUGCCGGUACGCUUUAUCAACAAGGACAUCGGCUUCUUCGAUCCGGAUCUCUUCUGGGAUGAUGAUGGCCAAGCAUAUGUGAUCUGUCAUGUUUUUGACAUUGUCGGGGAUAACAUCUUCCCCAUCGAUGUUACCACGGGCGAAUACGGACCCAACACUAAUCUGUGGAAUGGCACCGGAGGGGCCUGGCCCGAAGGCCCUAAAACAAUCCGCAAAGAUGACUACUACUACCUCGUCCUGGCCGAAGGUGGCACAAGUUUCGAUCACAUGGUGACAAUUGCCCGCUCGAAGGAGAUUUUGGGUCCUUACGAGCCGUACGAGAACAAUCCGAUCCAGACAAACGCAAACACGUCGCAGUACUUCCAGUCCGUCGGCCAUGCCGACUUCUUUCAGGAUUUUGACGGCAACUGGUGGGGGGUUGCUUUGUCGAUCCGACAGGGUCCGCCAGGCUACACCGAUUCCUUUCCCAUGGGACGUGAGACUGUGCUGUAUCCCGUCACUUGGCCGGAAAGUGGCUGGCCAGAGGCUGAGCCCGUUCGCGGUCGCAUGCGCGGAUCAUUGCCUGCGGUGUCGCGCGAUGUCCCUGGACCUGGGCCUUGGAUCGAAGCAGGCGACGACUACGGCUUCGAGAGUGAUUCUCUGCCGUUGCAUUUCAUGCACUUUCGAUUUCCCCCUAAGGACAUGUACUCGAUUUCCGGAGGAAGCUUGACUGUCAACCCUUCAUUCUUCAACCUCACAGGGGACCAGACAUUUGAGCCGUCCGACCGCUUGGCGUAUGUAGGCCGUCGCCAGACUGACACUUACUUCACUUACUACGUCGACAUGGACUUCUGCCCGGAGACCGAGGGUGAGGAGGCGGGCGUCACUGUAUUUGCCAAUCAGUGGCAGCAUACCGAUCUGGGGCUUGUCUUGCUUGAUGGAGCUCUUCGGGCGCGUCUUCGAACUACGGCUUUUGGUUCCAACGACUCGCUGAGUAAAGAGAUUGUCGUCGGCGUUCCGGAGCAUCUUGUCGGCCAGCCUGUUCGUCUGCAGAUACAGGCGGCUGUAGACACGGAGUUCGAGCUCUCCAUGGGCGCGGCAGGCGGAAAUAGCGAGCUCGUGGUCAUUGGUACCGCUUCGGGUGCUGUCACCAGUGGAGGAAGCGCGCAGUUUACUGGAACGACCGUGGGCAUUUUCGUGACUUCUAAUGGGGGUGAAGGCUCCACGCCGGCUACUUUCACUCGCUGGGUGUACCAAGGGCAAGGUCAGAAGAUUGACUUCAACGAGACCGUGUACCCGGAGCAGUCUGGUACCGAAACAUGA